AUGUUCAAGGUGAUGGAUGCCAAGACCCUGCAGCACCUCCUGGGCCUGCCAGAACCUCCCAGCAGAGCUGGGAAGGUGCAGAGUAGCCUGAGGGAGGCAUUUCCAAGCAGGGUGCCGGUGUGUCCCACUCCAUCUCCCCACCCAAGCAACAAGGAGCUCAAGAUGUGGAUCACGUGGGUGAUGCUGAUCUGCCUGGCUGAAGGGCAACUUGCCAGUGCCACACUCUGUGAGACCUACGGCACCAUCCCUGGCAUCCCAGGGUCACCAGGACAGCCUGGCAGCAACGGCAGAGAUGGGGAGAACGGCCCAAAGGGAGAGCGAGGACCCCCUGGCCAGGCGGAGCACGAAGGAGAUGUGGGGGAGAAGGGAGACCCGGGAGUGCCAGGGUACCCGGGCAAGGUCGGCCCCCGGGGCCCGCCGGGUGCAAGGGGAUUACCAGGUCUCAGCGGAUUACCCGGCCCACCGGGGGACUCCGGAGACUACAAGGCCACCCUCAAGUCUGCCUUCUCGGCUGCCAGGAGCAUCAGCACCUACCCCCGCCGGGAGCAGCCCAUCCGCUUCGACCGCAUCAUCACCAACGAGAGGCGCCACUACGAGAACCGCUACGGCCGCUUCAUCUGCCGCGUCCCCGGCAUCUACUACUUCACCUACCACGUCACCUCCAGGGGCAGCCUGUGCCUCAGCUUCAAAAAGGGACGGGGCGGCAGCAAGGGCGAGAAGGUGGCGACCUUCUGUGACUACGUGCACAGCAGCUUCCAGGUCACCACGGGCGGCGUGGUCCUCAAGAUGGCAAUGAACGAGUCCGUCUGGCUGGAGCCGACGGAGAAGAACUCGCUGGUGGGGAUCGAGGGGUCCGACAGCAUCUUCUCCGGCUUCCUCAUCUUCCCUGAGGCUUAG